AUGAACCCGCUUGUGGUGGUGUCGAAUAUUGUAGGGAUUGCAAAUGAUCUCCGGCGCUGCUCUAGUACCUCCUCUGAUGUUACUCUGCCUUCACCCAGGCUUGUGCGUUGGUCCCCUCGUGAUCAGAACAGGAGUGACUUUGGCCAAUGGUUUGGUGGCUUCUAUGGUUUCAAAGAUGACCCUCAUAUCUUGCAUCUUGAGUUGCUCGCCAUCUUUCAUGGUUUAAGCAUGGCUUGGGAUCGUGGUGCCCGCGAUGUGGAGUGUCAAUCAGACUCUCUUGAUGCAGUUACCCUUGUGAAUUCUGCUCCUCCGUCGAGGCACAUGUACGCUUCUCUAAUAUGGGAUAUUAAGGACUUAUUGGGUCAUGAGUGGCAAGUGGUUGUGUUACAUACGCUCAGGGAGGGGAAUGUCUGUGCUGACUUUCUAGCAAAGUUUGGAGCCUCUCGGGAUAGGAGCAUUGUGGCUAUUGAUCACCCCCUUGAUGAGAUGAGUAUGUUAUUAUUGGCGGAUGCUCUGGGUGUCUCAUCUGUGAGGCCUUAG